AGGCCGGUCUCGCGCGAUUGAUCCCCUCCCAAAAAAAGCUUUGCAUAUAUAGUUCGAAUUAUAUCAGGAGAAGGAAGAGGCCGGCUAUUGAUCCAUGGUGCCAGGAAUGGCGUCCCGUAUCGUCUUGUUUGUCGCCGUUGCGGCAUCGACCGUCGCCGUCGCUCUCGGCCAGCCGCCGGUCGGGCCGGACUACAGCUACGUGCCGGGGACGAAGCUGGGUCCGGAGAACUGGGCGAAGCUGAGCCCCAAGUACGGCGCCUGCAACGGCGGCGCUCCCGUGAGGAAGCAGUCCCCGAUCGACAUCGUCACCAAGAACGCCGUCUCCCGGCCCGACCUCGAAUCCCUCAACCGCACCUACGUCGCCUCCGACGCCACCCUCAUCAACAACGGCAAAGAAAUCUCGAUGAUGUUCACCGGCAAGGGCAAGGUCGGCAGCGUGUCCAUCGGCGGCAAGUCCUUCAGCCUCAAGAAGCUCCAGUGGCGCACACCCUCGGAGCACACCAUCAACGGCAAGCGGCACCCGCUGGAGGUCCAGCUCGUCCACGAGAGCGACGCCGGCACGGGCGAGCUCGCCAUCAUCGCCAUCCUCUACAAGGUCGGCGCGCCCGACUCCUUCUACUUCCAGCUCAAGAGGGAGCUGGCGGAGCUAGCGGGCGACCGGUGCAACUACGGCGUGGAGGACGCGAGCUCGCCGAUGGGGCUGGUGCACCUGCGCUCGCUGCAGAAGCGGACGGGGAGCUACUUCCGGUACAUGGGCUCCCUGACGGCGCCGCCGUGCACGGAGAACGUGUACUGGAACGUACUGGGCAAGGUGAGGCAGAUGACCAAGGAGCAGCUCGACAUGCUCCUGGCGCCGCUGCCGCCCGCCGCAAGGCAGAACGCGCGCCCGGUGCAGCCGCUCAACGGCAGGGUCGUCACAUUCUACAACCCGCCCAACAGCACCAUCUCAUUCCAGAUGUGAUCUGUCUGAUUCAACAUUCAUUCAUUCAUGUGCUAAUUAACCUAGAAAUUAAUUAAUUUUGUGCUGCUGCAAUCGUGUAUCACCAUCACCGUACUGACCAAUUAAUCUCCUAUUUUGCCUUGUCUCACUCUCUUUGUUAGUUAUAUUUUACUUGAUCGGAUGAACUGUUC